UCAUCAUGUUAUUUUGUAUUUCCUCUUUUCUCAUCGUCAGGAUGAACCAGAGCUUCCGAGUGGUGUUCUUGUUUCAGGGGGACGAACCCUGCUCUGAUUUCAUCGAUAAGUUUAAAGAGCGACAGCCGAGGAUGGAACAGUCUCUCAAGGACCUGGAGGAGCAUGCUGUUCAGUUAGAUAGGAUGAAUAAGGGAGCAAAGAUCUCCAGUGUGGCAGGCAGCUCAGUGGGGGCAGUAGGAGGUGUGCUCUCCAUUGUUGGUUUGGCUUUAAUUCCUGUAACAGCUGGAGUGUCUUUGGCUCUGACAUUGACCGGGGUAGGCAUGGGAAUUACAAGCGGAGUCAACAGCGCUGUCACCACCGCCACAGAGAUUGGAGUAAACCAUACAUAUCAAAAGAAAGCCAGAGAAGUCUUCGAGAGCUUCAGGAAGGAUAUGCAGUGUCUCCAGGGUUGUCUGGAGGUCGUCACCAAAAGAGAAGCAAUCCCUGUUCUCGGGGUCGGCAAGGUGCUAGCUAAAGUAGGUGUUAUUGGAAAAGGUAUUGACUCAUUAGUUGAUGCAGCCUCUGCUUUCAAGCUGUUAAAAAGUGAAGAGCUGGCUCUGAGUGCUGGUAAAGUGGCAGUGCAGGAAGGGAAAGCUUUACGCAGCAGUCCCAGGGUGGCAGCAGAUAUCCCAGAUAUCGGUCAGGCAGCAGUCAAAGGGCCUCUUGCCCUCUCCAACUCAGCCAGGGCCGGUCUCAUUGGGCUCAAUGCUCUGUUCCUCGGCAUGGAUAUCUUCUUCAUCUGUAAAGAUAGCAUGAGUCUGGCCAAAGGAAGCGAGACUGAGGUCUCACAGUUUAUCAGAGCCAGAGCAGCACUUUGGAGAUCAGAGGUGGAUUCAAUGCAGACGAUCCAUGACCUCCUCUGCGAAGGUUUGAAGAUAUCGGAAGAAAACAAAGCUAUCCUGAGAUGCCAAUUCUUCUCGAGAGGAAGAUGAAAAAGCACUAAGAAACCAAAGUGGACAUUUCAUCCAAUGAAAUCUAAGUGUUAUCAGAUGAAAUAUUUCGAUGUUAUCUGAUGAAGACAAUUACUGUAUUUGUGUUCUAUGUUGCCAGAUCUGACACUUUAAUCACAUAAAUGAGAUCAGCAGAGUCUGUUGUGCAUACAGAAUAAAUGAAGUACAUUCUAUAAGCUGUAUGAUCUGCAUUAUUUGUAAGUAUAAUUCUAACUGCCUUUUCUAUUGCACAAAUUAAUCAAUACAGUUUUAAACAGUUA